AUGGACGCGCGGGCCAGGGAGGCCGCAGAGACCAGCGGCCCCGGGCUGCCGCUCGCCGUGCGGGAGCUCCUCGCCGGAGGGGUCGCCGGGGGAGUCGCCAAGACCGCCGUCGCGCCGCUCGAGCGCGUCAAGAUCCUGUUCCAGACAAGAAGAGCAGAGUUUCGUGGUUCUGGAUUGAUUGGAUCCUUCCGAACAAUCUAUCGGACAGAAGGUCUUUUAGGGUUUUACAGGGGAAAUGGAGCUAGUGUUGCUCGAAUUGUUCCUUAUGCAGCUUUGCAUUAUAUGGCAUAUGAAGAAUACCGCCGGUGGAUCAUUCUUGGCUUUCCUAAUGUCAAGCAAGGGCCUGUUCUUGAUCUCGUGGCCGGAUCGAUAGCUGGAGGAACAGCUGUCAUAUGCACAUAUCCUCUUGAUCUAGUCCGCACAAAGUUGGCUUAUCAGGUAAAAGGUGCAGUGAAUGUGGGUUUCAGAGAAUCUAAGCCCUCUGAACAGGUUUAUAAAGGGAUCAUGGAUUGUGUCAAAACAAUAUACAGACAGAAUGGAUUGAAAGGCAUAUACCGUGGCAUGGCUCCUUCACUAUAUGGAAUCUUCCCUUACUCUGGUCUUAAAUUCUACUUCUACGAGAAGAUGAAGAGCCACGUUCCUGAAAAACACAGAAAAGAUAUCAUAGCAAAGCUUGGUUGCGGAUCAGUUGCAGGUUUGCUAGGUCAGACAAUAACAUACCCCCUGGAUGUUGUUAGGCGGCAAAUGCAGGUUCAAGCACUUUCAUCAUCCAGCCUUGUGGGUAAAGGAACAUUUGAAAGCCUGGUUAUGAUUGCGAAACAGCAAGGUUGGCGACAACUAUUCUCAGGAUUAUCUAUCAACUAUUUAAAGGUGGUGCCAUCAGUAGCCAUAGGAUUUACUGUUUAUGACUCAAUGAAGGUCUGGCUAAAAGUUCCAUCAAGGGAGGACACUGCUGUUGCUGUCUUGACAGAUGAACGAAGUAAUACAGCUCCUAUCCCCUCCAGUUAG